UCGCGUUCGAUUGUAGCGCCAUACAUAUAAGAAUGGAGAACGUGUGUGAUUAUCGUGCAUCCAAUUGCGGUUAACUUUCAAGCUCUUUUCACGCGUCCAUCAUGGCAUCCACUGAAGAACUGAGUGUCUCUGCCCUUGUAUACGAUUAUUUAUUGAAAAAAGACGCGUCACUGGCAAAGGUUUUUCAAAAGAAAACGAAAGCGCCCACAUUACCAAAAGGUGCACCGACAAUUCUAGAUGUAUAUCAACAUUAUCAAAAAACAUCUCAGAAAAAAUUAAAUGUAAAAGCACAAGCUAAAGACAGCAGUUCAGAUACAAGUUCAGAAAGUGAGGAAGAAACACCAAAAAAACUUUCUCAAAUAAAUGGUAAAACUACAGUUAAUGCUGUAAUAAAUAAUAAAAAAAAUGAAUCUUCUUCAGAAGAUACCUCCAGCGAAAAUGAAAAAGCACUCAAAGUAGUUACAAAAGCUAAAACUGCUGUUAAAACAUCCAAAGCAUCACCUGUAAAGAAAAAAGAAAGUACAGAUGAAAGUUCUUCAGAAGAGGAAGAAGAGACACCAAAAACACAACCUAAAGCAGUAUCAACACCUAAAAUAUCUAAAGAGCAAAAAUCUUCGGAUGAUUCUGAUUCUGAAAGUGAAGAAGAAUCUAAAACAAACAUAACCGCAAAAACAAAUACAAAAUCAAUUAUAACAUCUAAGACAAAGGUUGGAGCCAAUCAAAAGGAAUCUUCAAGUGAAGACAGUAGUGAAAGUGAAGAUGAAAGUCCAGUUAAGCCAGUAUUAAAAAAAGCAACGCCUAUUCCACCAACAAAAUCAACAGCAAAAAAGGAAGAAUCUUCCAGUGAUGAUUCCGAUGAUUCGUCAGAAGAAGAAAAUGCUAAACCACAAUUACCAAUCAAAGCUAAAUCGAAUAUAAAAUCUGCCAAUAUUACUAAACCACAGGAAUCAUCAAGUGAUGAUACUGAUGAUUCAUCAGAAGAAGCAACUGUUACAAAGACAACACCGAGUAUUAUUUCUAAAUCUAAUCAAGAAAAGAAAAAACAAGAAAAAAAUAUUCAACAAAAGAAAGAAGCAAUAAAAGGAAAACAAAAUAAAGGUUUAGUUACUAAAUCAACAGUAACAGUGACUAAAGAAGAAUCAUCAUCUAGUGAAGAAAGCAGUGAAGAAGAAGCUAAAAAAACUAACAUUCUUCAAUCAACAUCAGUUGCCAGUAAAAUUUCAUCUAAAAAGGAAGAGUCUUCUAGUGAAGAUAGUAGUGAAGAAGAACCACAAGUUAAAAAGGUCCAACCAGUAGCACCAUUUUCAUUCAUCACAAAAAAUGUUCCAGUUAAGAAAGAAGAGUCUUCAAGUGAAGAUAGCAGUGAAGAAGAACCACCAGUCAAAAAAGUUGCUGCUUCAAUAGCACCAGUAACACCAAAAAAAAUGUCUGUUAAGAACGAAGAAUCUUCUUCUAGUGAAGAUAGCAGUGAAGAAGAAGAAUCACCAACCAAAAAAUCUGUUUCUGCUAAAGUAACAUCAGCUAAUACUGUAAUUAAGAAAACAGAAUCUUCUACUGAAGAUUCUGAUGAUUCUGAUGAAAAUGAAAAAUCAGUUACAAAAUCAACAACAAAAUCAAUAGGAAAGAAAGAUGAGUCUAGUUCUGAGGAUUCAUCUGAAUCUGAAGAUGAAAAACCAGUACCUACCAAAACACCAGUACCUACAAAAACGAAAGCUGAUACUAAAAAGGAAUCGUCCAGUGAAGAUUCUGAUUCAGAUUCAUCAGAAGAAGAAAAACCAAAAACAAUUGUUUCAAAAUCAAAAACAACAGAAAUUAAACAAGAUACAGGAGAAAAGUCACAAAAAACACCUAAAGCUGAGAAAAGGAAACAUAAAGAAAUAGAACAAGAAAAAGAUGAUGAGGAUAUAGAAAAACCUCCAAUAAAAGCUCAAAAAAAUAACUAUAGUAAUUUCGUAAAGGCAAACAAUAGUUUUAAUAAUGACAAGCAACCAAAAAAUACUCCAUUUCGUCGUGUAAAGGACGAUGAGGUAGAAUUGGAUCCCAAAUUGGCAAACAAUUCUUUUGAGGCAAAGGAGGACAAUCAGGAAGAGGGUGGUUUUAAGAAACAUGGUGGAAGGGGUGGAUUUGGUGGAGGCAAAGGUGGUUUCGGUCGCGGUGGAUUUAAGGGAGGUCGGGGCGGUGAUAAAGACAGGGGUGGACGCGGGGAUAGGGGAGGUAGAGGUGGUUUUAAAGGUGGUCGAGGAAAUUUUAGGGGUGGUUUCGAUAACAGAAGAUCAUGGGGUGGGAACGAUAGGGGGAAUGAUAACGAAGGAGGCAAGUCCGACGGAUUUAGGAAAUCAUGGGGUAAUAGUGAAAGAGGUGGUCGCGGUGGAUUUAGAGGGGGUAAAGGCAAUUUUGACAGAAAAAGAUCAUUCGAUAGUGCGCCGGUACAAAAUAAAAAAAUAACGUUUGACGAUUGAUGAUGAUAAAGAUAUAUAUAAAGAAAGGUGCUCGUGGUUCUUGGGGAGAAAAAGCGAAUCAAGACCUCAAAUACACGAGAGGAAAGUCAUUUCGUCAUGAAAAGACGAAGAAAAAACGUGGUAGCUACCGCGGCGGUCAAAUAGAUACUAGCGUCAAUUCUAUUAAGUUUGACGAUUGAAUAAACAUUAUAUUGUAAAAUAUAAAUGAACAUGUUUUAACAUUAGUAACUCGUAUAUUUAGUUAAGUGAACAGAUAGAAAAAUAUUAGGACCGUUUAAGUUUACCUUAAUAAGACACUUUGUUAAUAUCUUUGAAAACACAACACAAUUAACGCUAUGUUACAAUCAUAGAAUAUAAAUUUUAUUCAUUUUA